CACAAACGGCUACCUUCACUCUCUCUCUUAACUUCUUUUGCAUCAAAAAUAGUUUCAACCUUAAUUCUCGCAUACUAUUACCAAACUCAUUUUCCAGGAAAAGAAAUAUUUUCUCAGGAAAAGUAAAAACUCAAAACACUUUGCUAAGAAUUGGAGAAUUUGUAAAGCCCAAGCUCUCAGGCUAUUCUAUUCUUCAGAAAAUUACACGAAAUUACACGUUUGAAAAGAUAGACGAAAAUUUGAAAGCCGAAACGCUCUCUAUUGUACAGGUUCUGCAACAUGUCCAGCAUUCAAAAUGAUCCGCUUCUGCAAGUGGAGACAACUUGUGGAACACUUCUAUAUGAACUUCAGAUAAUCUGGGAUGAAGUUGGCGAGACAGACACUGAUAGGGAUAAAAUGCUGCUUGAGCUCGAGCAAGAAUGUCUUGAAGUAUACAGAAGAAAGGUGGAUCAGGCGAACCGGUGUAGAGCGCAGCUGAGGCAGACAAUUGCAGACUCUGAAGCCGAACUUGCAGCCAUUUGUUCUGCAAUGGGGGAGCGACCAGUACAUAUUAGGCAGUCUGAUCAAAAUAUCGGAAGCUUGAAGGAAGAGCUUAGGAGAAUUCUUCCUCAAGUGGAAGAAAUGCGAAAAAGAAAAAUAGACAGAAGAAACCAAUUCGUUGAUGUUGUGGAGCAAAUACAGAUGAUAAAAAAUGAGAUUCAUGGAUCAGCAGUAUAUACUUCUUCAAAAGCAGUUGUGGAUGAAGCAGAUUUAUCUCUUAGAAAGCUUGAGGAAUUUCACAGAGAGCUCCUUGAACUCCAGAAAGAGAAGAGUGAUCGGUUGAAGCAGGUUCAGGAACUCCUAAACACUUUGAACUCUCUUUGCUUAGUGCUUGGUACGGAUUUCAAGCCCACAGUUAGUGAAGUCCAUCCUAGUUUAGGUGACUCUGAAGGAUCAAGGAGUAUAAGUAAUGAUACUAUUGAACGAUUGACUAUUGCAAUACACAAACUGCGAGAGGUUAAGAUACAGAGAAUGCAGAAGCUGCAAGAUCUUGCUACUACCAUGUUGGAGCUAUGGAAUUUGAUGGAUACACCGAUUGAAGAGCAGCAGAUAUUUCAGAAUGUUACCUGUAAUAUUGCUGCUUCUGAACAUGAAAUAACUGAACCCAACACUCUCUCUGUGGACUUCAUUAAUUGUGUGGAGGCAGAGGUGUCCCGGUUGGAAGAGUUGAAGUCGAGCAAAAUGAAAGAACUUGUUUUGAAGAAGAGAUCAGAGCUAGAGGAGAUCUGCAGAAAAACACACAUGGUUCCAGAAUAUGAUAGUUCAAUGGAAUAUGCCAUUGAAGCCAUCGAGUCUGGAGCCAUGGACCCAGCUAGCAUUCUUGAACAGAUUGAACUUCAAAUAGCCAAGGUUAAAGAGGAGGCUUUUAGCAGGAAAGAAAUACUCGAAAAGAUUGAGAAAUGGUUGGCAGCGUGCGAAGAGGAGUGCUGGCUUGAGGAGUACAACAGGGAUGAAAACCGAUACAAUGCUGGAAAAGGUGCUCAUCUUAUUCUAAAGCGUGCUGAGAAAGCUCGUUCCUUGGUUAAUAAACUUCCAGGAAUGGUGGAGGCAUUGGCUUCAAAAACCUUAGCAUGGGAAAAGGACAGAGGUGUUCAGUUCUUAUAUGAUGGUGUUCGUUUACUUUCCAUGCUUGAAGAAUACACGAUAUUACGACAAGAGAAGGAACAAGAACGUCGUAGGCAGCGGGACCAAAAGAAACUUCAGGGUCAACUUAUAGCAGAGCAAGAGGCACUUUAUGGAUCAAAACCAAGCCCUUCAAAGGUUCAGAGUGUGAAAAAAGCCCCUAGAGUUUCAACUGGUGGUGCAAGCAGUAGGAGACUCUCAGUAGGAGGAACAAUGCUUCAGACUCCUAAACCUGAUCUACUUGGUUCCGCAAAAGCUACUCCCCAUUCACGUCAAAUAAGAAAAACUGACCGGAUACUCCAGAAUGACAAUUCAAAUCUCCAACAUGAUGAUGGUUUCUCUGCUGUAUCAGCUGGUAGAAGAUGCUUGGACAUGGCUGGUGUUCCCAUGAAAAAACACUCCUUAGGCAGUAAUGCUUUUAAUGCUUGCGAACCAGAGUCUCCACUGAUACGAAAACCAUUUUCACCCAUCUCUUCCACAACGUCAUCAAAAUCCAAUAUGGCAAACUUGUUGGAUGAUUUUAGUACCAACAACAGUGAGACGACAUUACACAAAACCAUUCCACCUAAUGAUUUGUCAUGCACAACUCCUUUGAAAACAACUACUGUUGUGGAUGAAGAAAACAGGACUCCCAAGGCAAUGCCAAUUCCUCUGCUGCCCCCUACACCUUCAACAGUGUCAGUGCCAAUGCAAACGGCCAUGACUCCUGCUCCUGCACCAACUGCACCUAUCCCUUUCAGUGCUAAUCCAGUUCAUGAAAUUCCAGAAGAGAUCGAGUAUUCAUUUGAGGAAAGAAGAGCCGGAUUUGUUCUACCAAAAUCCCAAAUUAAGCCAAUGAUACCGGUUUGAUGUUUCAGCAACAUGAAUCGAUCCAUAUUGUUUUUAUUCUCAAAUUUUUUAGAACUGUAGUGGGGUAUAAGUCAAUUGUAAUUGGCUUUUUUUCAGAUUGUGUACAUAGUCUACGAUCUCUGACCGUGGACUAAGUUGUUUAAAAAUUAUCUUCAUUGCUUAAUUUGAGAUUUUACUUUGGGAAUGGCUUCAAA